AAAGACCGUAGUAAGGCGAACACAUAAAAAUGUCAUUCAGUCGUGUUUAAUUUGAUCGAUUCGUUUGGAACAAAGUGGCGUAAAAUGUAUUUUUUAUUUAAUUCUCAAUAAAACUUAACCGACAAGGCACACGAUGUUCACUUUCAAAUUCAUAUACAUAUUUGUUUCAUUUUUCUUUAAUGGUUCUGAUUGCCAAAGAAGAAUAAAAGAUGGAGAGGUUGUUGCAAAAGAUAAACCUUACGUGGUGUACUUUUCUAAAGCGGCUGUAUCACCAAGGUAUUAUGAAGGAUGGUUGUGUGGAGGGGCUCUUGUAUCCCCGGAGUACAUAGUGACGUCAGCAGCUUGCGUCACCGAUGUCAACCAUCUCUACGCUAUAGCGGGUUACAACAAAUACGUGAAAGAUACAAAAAUUAAUGACGAUUACUGUACUAAAGACAGAAAAAAGAAAGUUAUACUUACUUGUGUGCCUAAAGCGUAUGAAUUAAAAUACGAAGAAAUAGAAAAAUGGUCAUACAUUGACAUAGCAGUUGUGAAGGUAGAAUCUCCCUACGACUUUAAUGAUAAAACGUAUUUAGAUAAGUGUUCUUACAUCCCUGCGCCAAUAAUAAUUAACUAUGAAACGAAAUUCCAAGAACCGGGCAUUGAUGCCAUGGUAAUGGGGUGGGGUCAUCGAGCGAAGUGGCGAAAGCAAUUGGACCCAAAAGACUACAACGAAGAAAAGUUGAAUUAUGCACCAACAUUGAUACAAAAUAAAGAGGAUUGUAAGAAAGAGUAUGAAGUUUAUAAAGGAAUGGAUGCCAUUAUAGACAAUUACAUGAUUUGUACUAUGGAUAAAGGAAAUAUAAACGAUGCGGGUGAAACUAUUGUCAAGGCCCCCCCUACAGCACAGGGAUGUAUGGCUAAGGAGUCGAGACUUCGUGGGUACGGGGGAGCCUCAUGUGAAAGUGCCAAUCCCCCGGACCAAGAACUGCUUUUACUAGAAAAUACACGAAAAGAGAACGUACUACUGAAUAACAAAACAGGUAAUGUAAAAGCAAAUCUAAAACCAAGCUUGGUCAAUAAAAUUAUGAAUGCUUCAACAAUACAAAAGGAUUCAUUAAAUGUUUCAAACUCAAGAAGAAUGAAUACUAGGAGAAACGGGAUUUGUCAGAAUGACCACGGUGGACCUCUGGUGACGUGGGUGGGGACUCACGAAGUGCUGAUAGGCGUUGCAUCAGUUUUUAAAAUCACAGAGGGACUUGAAUGCAUUGGGCCUUAUUUAUAUACCAGUACUCAAUGUAAUGGAGCAUUCCUCGAUUGUAUACUGCGAUCCGAUCCAGCAAAAAAUGAUACAUUGAGACGUGCAAUUUGCAACAACAUUACUAACAAUGGAUUCGAAUUAGUCCAAAGACACAUUUCAUGGAAAAAUCACCCGGAUGGGCCUGCAGAAAACGAAAUACAUGACAUCCAUGCACCAACGAUAACCAACAGUUCUUUAAUAAAUCUAAUCAAAGCUAACAAAUCGGAAAGUCAUAAAGAAAAUGAUACGGUCAUUUACAAUGCAACAAAAUUCAUUGAAGACAAUCUUGUUCCGAACCUUGAUCCUAUAACCAAGAAGGUUGAAAUUACAACGACAAAAUUGCCAACUACGAAUCCAUAUAAUGCUACAUCUCCAAGCACUCUACGGACGACUGUUGAUAAAAACGUUACCAUGACAACCGCAGUAAACAAAAUUAAUAAUACGGAAACAACUAAUUCGAUAAAGAGUUCUACAACAACAGUCCCUCAGAAGCUUGCAACAAAAUAAUUGUGAAAUUUUUAUGUUAGUAUAAUAAAUUUUAAUAAAAAAAUAUGGUCCCUAAUGU